AUGCUUCAGAUACUCUUUUUAUCUGCUCUCAUUGUUUCAGCAGUUUUGAAUUUUGUAGGACUCACUGUAAACCUGCUUAUUGUAGUGGUCAAUUACAGGACUUGGGUGCAAAGCCACAGAAUCUCCUCUUCUAAUAGGAUUUUGAUCAGCUUGGGCAUCACCAGGUUUCUGAUGCUAGGACUAUUUCUCCUGAACAUUAUCUACUUCGUCACCUCUUCAAAUGUUGAAAGGUCAGUCCAUUUAUCCACCUUUUUCCUAUUGUGUUGGAUGUUUUUGGACUCUAAUAGUCUCUGGCUUGUCACCUUGCUCAAUGCCUUGUACUGCGUGAAGAUUACUGACUUCCAACACUCAGUAUUCCUCCUGCUGAAACGACAGCUCGCCCCAAAGAUCCCUAGGCUGCUGGUGGCCUGCGUGCUGAUGUCUGCCUUCUCCACCCUGCUGUAUGUUGUGCUCAGAGAGACCUCAUCCUUUCCCGAAUUUGCGCCUGGGAGCAAUGGGACAGUAUGUGACAUCAAUAAGUGCAUCCUGUCUUUGGUGACCUCCUUGGUCUUGAGUUCCCUUCUCCAGUUCAUCAUUAAUGUGACUUCUGCUUCCUUGCUAAUCCAUUCCUUGAGGAGACAUAUACAGAAGAUGCAGAAAAAUGCCAGUGAUGUUUGGAACCCCCAGACUGAAGCUCAUGUGGGUGCUAUGAAGCUAAUGAUCUAUUUCCUCAUCCUCUACAUUCCGUAUUCAGUUGCUACCCUGCUACAUUAUCUCCCUUCUGUACAGAUGGAUUUGGGAGUCAGAGCCGUCUGUAUGAUUAUUUCCACCCUUUAUCCUCCAGGACAUUCUGUUCUCAUUAUUCUCACACACCCUAAACUGAAAACAAAAGCAAAGAAGAUUCUUUGUUUCAACAUAUGGUGGAAUUUCAAGAGUAAAUAG